AUGUUACAUGUACUAUCUAUCACAUAAAACGACAAACAAAUUCACUUAUAGAAAUUUUAUCAAUGAUAACUAUAUCAAUUUGCAAAAGAAAGACUGCCCGUAACUAGAAGUAACUAUUAAAUUAACCCGAGACAUCAUCAAAUUUACGACGGCGACCACAAAAAAGGUAUCCAACUCAACGCCACGUUAACACACCUCUAUGAACAGAAGUUAUAUUGAAAUGGUGGUCAAAAGCAUUUUAUGAGACUAAAAAACAUGCUGAUUCAUAAAUUGACGGAAUGUGUAAAAACCGAUUGCAUCAGCCUUUUCAACAUACACAACUAGAAAAAUAGGAGACAACCAAAAUGCUGAAGACCGAUUUGUGUAUGAGGAUUAUAGUCAUGGAAGACACCAUAUAAGACGAUAUUCUUUACAUUAGGAAACUAUUAGAGCCUAGAUGUCCAACUUCAUAUGUAAGCUACGCCAAUAACUAAACAGACUACUCAAAAGAACAUACACAUAACAGAUAUGGAGACACCUGCUGUUCCUACAGAUGCUCCAUCAGUCAACAGUAACUAUGUCGACCAAGAAAGGGGAUCGCAAAUAGGAUCCCAAACGAAUGUGUGGGAAAAUGUAAAGACCACAGUAGAACAAAUCAUAGAAGAUGAACAAUUCAUCAAAGUGGUGAGCGCAAUCUUGUUAUAUAUACCAAUAGUAGCCUAUAUAUCAACAUCCAUAGGGUGGUACCAUACACUAUCCGGGCCAACAAUAACAAUUAUCACAAUUUUUAUCGCAGCACUCGGAUUAGGAACCUACCAUGUAGUAUCAUACGCAGAACCUGGGAUAAUUCCCAGACUCCAUGAUACAUACGAAGCCUUCGAUGCCAUAAGAAUGCGGCGUAAGUACACGCAUGUGCCUUCAUGUAUCGAAGUAACCAUCGCAGGAAAAUUCCUCAGAAUAAAGUACUGCCAUACCUGCAACAUAUACCGACCACCUCGGAGUGUACACUGUAGCGUAUGCGAUGUAUGUGUGCACAAAUUUGAUCAUCAUUGUAAAUGGUUGGGAAAUUGUAUCGGAGGUAAAAAUCACAAGGCCUUCUACGGGUUCCUAUUUUUCACCUUCAUAGAAGGACUCCUUAUAUUCUCCCUGGCUAUAGCGCGUAUCACAAUAAUGAGUGUCAACAGAAUUGGACGCAAUUACAUCAUACUUAGCGCUCUCCUGCUCGCAUAUGUUGUUUUGUCCGGAUGGUUUGUUGCUGGACUUCUCAUAUAUCACACAUACCUCAUAUGCGUCAACAAGACAACAAACGAGCAGUUGAAAUCACUAUAUGCAGAUUAUAACCCAUGGGACAGAGGUAUACUCAUAAAUCUAAAGGACGCAUUGUUAGUACACGCAAAGAUGAAAUCCUUGUGCGAUGCGAAAACAGUGGCAAUGCCCAUAUAUGAUCCAGGAAGAAGUUUCCCCGUAAAUUACAAAGCAACCUACGCCAGCAUUCAACAAUUUGAAUCAAAUAAGGACUUGGGGUUUGAUCAUGUAACCAAUCAAGAUUGGGAUAAAACGGAAAAUACGCCCGAGGAUAUUGAAGGUAUGGAAACUGCUAACGGAGAACAAAACGGAAAUGUUGAAAAUAUAACUUCUCAAGCCUCGUAUUAAUGCGAUUUAGUUCAUGUAAAUGGCCGUGGGAAAAUUAA